UUGUUCCACAGAGAGAGAGAGAGAGUUGUGGUAGACUAGAAGUACAUGUUAUUUGGUUGUGAUUGUUGAACUUUAAAGAAUUCAUUCUAUAACUGACUGACUUUUGUGAACAGUGGAAUAUGGAUGUUUGAUUAAUAGAAAAAUGAGAGACAAUGUGUGUUUAUAAAAAUAUAUUACUACAGGAUAUGCUCAAAAGGGAACUGUCGCGUUAUGACGCUAGCUCAUUUUACAUUUAAAGGGUCGUGCAAAGGACAUUCUGAAUCGACGGAAAUACUCUGCCAUUCAAAUGAUACUGAAGAGAAUGCCAACCUUAGCGCCAGUAAUUUAUUUACUGGAACGAGCAGCUGUGCAUCACCGGGGACAGAAUCUGAGUUCGGCCAUCAGAUUUCGCUCUUACAGGAGUAUUCAACUGGUCUAAUAGAUUUUGUAAACAAAGCAACAGAUGUUAUUUAUAGACUAGUUAUAACAAAGUGCCUCCUGGUAAUUGUUUCAGUUGUUCCACUUUCCAUGUUGUUUGUAGGGAGUACUUAUAAAAAUGAAUGUCCUCAGAAACAUAUGCUGACUAUAUAUUUGUCUGUUGGAGGAGGGUCAGGUUUACUAAAGCUAGCAUUUAUCCUUUUGCGACAUCGGAAGUCACCGAAUUACGAAUCGCUUGACGAUACUGAUCAAGAUGGCGACGGUUCCGGUGACGCAGUUUUAUCGCGCUCAAUCAAAUUCACAGAUUGUAUGCUCAAUAUAUUCAUAAUAGUUUGGUUUAUCCUUGGGAAUGAAUGGUACUAUGCAAAACCUAGCCCAAAUUUUGAACAAACUUUACACGAGCCUAACAAUUGGUGUGAUCAAUUUUUAUAUCGGUACUAUUUUUACAUGUUAAUUUUCAGUUACAUUUCUUUCUCUUUCAUAGCGUUUUACAUACUCACCCUGUGCUAUUAUUACUAUAGGCAAAAUGGAAUGAGGUUAUGUAAACCAAUCCUGGUUAUUUAAAUUUAGACUGCCAUCAUUGUGCCAUGUGGAUCUGACGGGACUCUAUUCAUUGAUUUUUCAUUACGGGGUAACUUUUAUUCCAGUGAAUUGUGUUUAGAGAUUAUUAGUGAACGAAACAUCGUGUUGCUUAAUGUGUAGAUUUUAACGUUUUAUUUCAUAAGAAAGUAUGAGAAAUAAUAUUACGGGAAAAAAAGGGAAUGAAUUUUGAUGAAUACUACGUUCAUCUGGAAAAAGCCACCUUUCUCUCAACUGUGACUCUGAAGUAUACAUGUACAUCAUCUAGAUUAAUUAGUACAAUCGCGGCCUUUCUGAUCUUGUCAAUGUUCGUUUUAUUUCUCUGCUGGUGAUAACUCUACUCAACGAAAUGUCACAUGAUAUCGAAAACAAUCACUAGUUCCGAGGAGCAUUCAUUAUUUUCAAUGUAUUGGCUGUAUUUCAAAGGUAACUAGAUCUCCUCCUGGACGGGAUAAAGGUCUCUUAAAACGAGAAUUUCAAAUUACAAUCAUCAUUCAAUCUAAUUUUCCCAAAAUAAUGAUUAGAUCAUCCUUGUUCAAAAUACGCAAAUGAAAUAUGAAUUAUAUCAGCUCGGUUUGAAAUAAAUAGGAAUACAUACCCUGGCUUUGGCAUAAAUUGCCAAUAUGGCAUUACUAUUUUAAAGCUUGUUUUAAUGAAUGUAUUAAAGUAUAUUUUCUAAGAAUUUGAUAUUGUAAUUAUGAUUUACAAUUACUUUUGUUAACAUUCAUAUGUUCUUUUCCUGUUAUAAUUUGAAAAGUAUUUUUUAUAAUAAUAUCUUCUGUGCUUGGAGUCUCCGUUGAGAAACGUUUUGCAUUAUAUGUACUAGCUUCCUAAUUAAAUAUGAAUAAGCUUUCCUAUCAAAAGAAAUUUAACUCGAAAAAU